UUUGUUGGGCGUGGUAUUCUUGAGGACCAGCUACCUACUUGUAAUUAAUAUUAAUACAACGAUGAGCUGUCAAAUACCGCAAAGUAAAGGUGGAGACUUGAAGGAAAAGAACCAAAGAACGUAUGGCCAAGGUAAAGGUGGAGACUUGAAGAAAGCAAAGCUUGUAGUCCAAUUUAGAGAGACACAAGGUAAAGGUGGAGACUUGAAAAUUCUGAGAGCUGCAAUUCAUCUUUGUGGAGCCCAAUUUAGAGAGACACAAUAGCAGAAGAAGAGAGUGUUUUGACCAACUGGUUUCAAUAUGUGGUGCCGCCAUGGCUGACCGGCUUUUCGUACCAUUUUGGCAUUUGAUUAUUUAGGGGAAAAUCACUUUCUUUGAAAGUGAUGUGCGUGUUAGUGUGUUUGGAAUUUUCACAAACAGUAAUUGCCCCAGCAAGGAUAAAUACGUCUUUCCACCUGUCUCUCAGUCGCUCGCCUGGUCUCUCUUUCUCCCGGCCGACGCCUCCACAGUCCACGACCUCCAGCUCUCUUCGCGAACCCAUUCGCAGAAUCGCAGAGCGAGUACAAAUCGAGACCAACUCUCUCUCAUCAUUCCCGUUCUCCGAUUCCCCGAUUCCUAACAUCCUCCACCAUCGAUCACUCCAAACGGAAAAGCCUAAGCUUCCUGGUGUGAGACCUGUCAUUUUGAAGGCAAGCAAAUCAAGAGCUGAUCUUCUCAUUGAGUCAUUGAAGCUGGUGAUAAAAUAUACUAAACAUUAAUAAAAAGAUAAAAGAUUUAAGUCCAGUCCAGCUCAGUGCUGUACCAAACAACUGACAAGACUCAAACCCAAGCCAGUCCAAGCCAGCCCAGUCCAAUACUCGAAGCUGAAUCCAUGCCAGUCUAGGCCAUCCCACCAAACAUGCCCUAAGGGCUAUCACCAAAUUACAAGGAUCAUAAAAUAUGACUCUCACGGCAACGCAUUGUGUCGCCUCAAUCCCAACAUACCCAAUCUGCAAGCAUCAACAUAAACCUCCUCGAUCUCUCUCCCAGCGGAUCUUAUCAAGAUCAAAUAGAGUCUCAAAUGUUAAAAUUCCGCAGUCGACCUCUUUAACCUUCGAGCCAAGAAACGAGUGUGAGUGCUUCAAUCUGUACGAGCAGCAGGUUCCAUAUGGUCAGGCGUGGGCUUGGCAGAAGAGCAUAGUUAACGAGAAAAAAACUUUGAUUCAGAGGAAUGAGGAUUGCUCGGACUCGCUGUUUGUUCUUCAGCAUCGUCCUGUGUAUACCUUGGGGACUGCUAGUUCAGAGCAGUUCCUUAAUUUUGACGUCAAGGACUCACCUUUCGACAUUUAUCGAACCGAACGUGGCGGCGAGGUUACAUAUCAUGGUCCUGGUCAGAUAGUUAUGUACCCCAUUAUGAAUCUCCGAAAUCACAAGAUGGAUCUUCAUUGGUACCUCAGGUCACUUGAGGAGGUGAUCAUCCGUGCGCUUUCAAAGACAUUUUGUAUCAAGGCAUCACGGCUUGAGGGCCUCACUGGUGUUUGGCAUGGAACCCAGAAACUGGCAGCCAUCGGAAUACGAGUAUUACAGUGGAUAACGUAUCAUGGCUUAGCGUUGAAUGUCACCACUGACUUAACCCCUUUUCAUUCGAUAGUGCCCUGCGGGUUACGAGACUAUCAGGUUGGAAGUGUUAGAGGCUUGCUGAAGGAAUUUCAGUCAUCCACUGACUGCGAAAGAGCACGUCUACCUGAUCCUGAUGAUGGCCAGCUACUUGAUAUUACUUGUAAAUCUUUGAUCAAAGAGUUUUCAGAAGUUUUCCAGGUUAGAAUCAAUUAUGAAACCAUCUCAAGGUUGGAGUUAUUAGAAAGGAAACCUGUAAACCAUUUGGAAGAGGAAACUAAUUAAUUGAGGGCUUGAGCCCUACAUCUCUGAAUCA